ACGUGGCAGACCACAAACAAACAGAAAUAAAAAAGUAUUUCUCUCUCUCUCUCUGCUCUUCCUCUGUCUCGGAUCGAUCUGAUUGAGUCGUUGACCUUAGUCCUUACCUGAGACAACAACUGAAGCAACUAGUUUGUUCUGGGCUGGAAUCGCAGGCAGCAGCAAAGGAAUCACUCCGUGUAAUAUUUCAUAAGAUGAUGAAUGAAGAAAAUGGAAGCAGCAGCAGCAGUAGCAGCAGCUUGGUGAGUGACGAUGGUGGCGACAUUGAGAAUUUGGAUUUGUUGGAUGGAAGGAGGAGGACAUGUAGCCAACCACUUCUUAGCAAGAGGAAGAACACUACUUCUCAGAUUGCCAUUGUCGGUUCCAAUCUCUGCUCCAUCGAAAGCCUUGACUACGAGAUGUUUGAGAAUGAAAUAUUCAGGCAGGACUGGAGGUCAGCUAAGAAGGUGCAAGUAUUUCAGUAUGUUGUGCUCAAGUGGGCUUUUGCGCUUCUCAUCGGGAUCGUUACUGGCCUCGUUGGCUUCUUCAAUAAUAUUGCAGUUGAGAAUAUAGCUGGAUUCAAGCUUCUUCUGACCACAGCUCUCAUGUCUGACAAAAAAUAUUACAAGGCUUUUGCGGCAUAUGCUGCCAUCAAUGUAGCUCUAGCAGCAGCUGCAGCAGCUCUUUGUGCUUUUAUUGCUCCUGCCGCAGCAGGUUCCGGCAUUCCUGAGGUUAAAGCUUAUCUAAAUGGUGUCGAUGCACAUUCAAUACUCGCUCCAAGCACUCUCUUUGUCAAGAUUUUUGGUUCCAUUCUUGGGGUGUCAGCCGGAUUCGUGGUUGGUAAAGAAGGGCCCAUGGUUCAUACGGGUGCUUGCAUAGCCUCUUUCCUUGGGCAGGGGGGCUCUCGCAAGUAUCAUUUAACUUGGUCAUGGCUAAGAUACUUCAAGAAUGAUUGCGACCGAAGAGACUUGAUCACAUGUGGUGCUGCUGCUGGUGUGGCUGCUGCAUUUCGUGCCCCAGUUGGUGGUGUUCUGUUUGCUCUUGAGGAAGCAGCUUCGUGGUGGCGGAGUGCUCUGCUUUGGAGGACAUUUUUCACAACAGCAGUUGUUGCAAUAGUUUUGAGAGGCUUUAUACAAUAUUGUACUACAGGAAAUUGUGGGUUAUUUGGGGAAGGAGGUCUGAUCAUGUAUGAUGUCAGUGCAGCCGGUGCAACAUAUAGUGGCCCCGAUAUACUAGCAGUGUUAUUCCUAGGAACUGUUGGAGGUAUUCUUGGAAGCAUAUAUAACUAUUUCGUGAACAAGGUCAUCCGAACUUAUAGCAUCAUUCAUGAAAAGGGUGCUGCUCCCAAAAUCUUACUCGUUAUCACCAUUGCCCUCUUGACAUCAUGUCUUUCUUAUGGCUUGCCAUGGUUUGCAGAGUGCCAACCAUGCCCUACUGACGAGAGUGUGAGUUGUCCUACUGUUGGCAAAUCUGGUAACUAUAAAAGUUUCAAUUGCCCCUCGGGCUAUUAUAAUGACCUCGCCUCCCUCUUUCUAAACACCAAUGAUGAUGCCAUUCGUAAUCUAUUCAGCACCAGUACAAAAAAAGAAUUUCACAUUUCCUCACUUUUCAUCUUCUUUGCCGCCAUUUACUGCCUCGGAAUUAUCACUUAUGGCAUUGCUAUUCCUUCUGGGCUCUUUAUCCCUGUCAUAUUAGCUGGAGCUUGCUAUGGACGUCUUGUUGGGAGGUUGUUUGAAUCAAUCUCUACUCUAGACACAGGUCUAUUUGCUCUACUAGGAGCUGCCUCCUUCCUGGGUGGCACUAUGAGAAUGACAGUCUCACUCUGCAUUAUACUGCUUGAACUCACGAAUGACUUACUGUUGCUUCCCCUUGUGAUGUUGGUUCUCCUUAUUUCAAAAACUGUGGCUGAUAACUUCAACAAGGGAAUUUACGACCAGAUAGUCAAAAUAAAGGGACUGCCUUAUUUGGAGGCUCAUGCAGAACCUUACAUGAGGCAAUUGGUCACAGCUGAUGUUGCUACUGGACCAUUGGUUACUUUUUCUGGGAUUGAGAAGGUAGGGCGUAUAUUGGAUGCUUUGAGGACUACGGGGCACAAUGGAUUUCCGGUGAUUGAUGAACCGCCUUUUUCGGAUGCUCCAGAGUUGUGCGGUCUUGUUUUAAGGUCUCAUUUGCUUAUUUUGCUCAAGGGUAAGGUUUUUUCGAGGGAAAGGGUUGUUUGUGAAGAAGAGAUCCUAGGGAGAUUUGCCGCAUUUAAUUUCGCAAAGGCAGGGUCAGGAAAGGGAAUCAAAGUGGAGGAUCUUGAUAUUGAAGAGGAGGAGAUGGAUAUGUAUGUUGAUCUACAUCCUAUUACAAAUGCAUCUCCGUACACAGUUGUUGAGACAAUGUCACUUGCCAAAGCUGCUAUUCUCUUUCGGCAACUCGGUCUCAGACACCUAUGUUUGGUACCAAAGAGCCAAGGGAGACCUCCAAUCGUCGGAAUUCUAACGCGACAUGACUUCAUGCCGGAGCACAUUUUGGGACUCUACCCGCAUAUAAAGGCUCAUAAGUCAUAAGUAGACCAGACCGACUGGCGGAACCUCAAUUCAGAUGCGAUAUGUGUUUAUGUUCGUCUGUGUGUUAACGGCUUGAUUAAGUCGUUGGUCAUCGUCGGAAGCGAGAUUUUUAAUCAAGACUUGGUAGCAUGUUAAAUGGAGACGGGCAGGUUUUUGUUUCAUCUGGUGAGGUCUUUUUUUUUCAUGAAUCACGAAGAUCUGUAUCAUCCUGGAAGAUCUAAAAGCAAAUUCUAUUAUAUAUCAUCAUUGUACAUUAUUUACAUUAAAUAAAGAGUAACUCAUUCGUUUUAAUCAUUCAUAUCUUUUUCUUGUUACAGAACCAUUCAUGUCUUUGAUAAUGUAAAACUUCUGAUACAUUUCAAUUUGACGACA